AUGCUUCGUGUAAUCCUGCGGCUCAGGCCGUCCGUCGGGCUCCCUCGUCCCCGUGCCCUCUCUGCUGGGCCUACCGCCUCUGGCUCCCGAUGCGUGCCCGGAACCGGCUCCGCGAGGCGGCUACAUCGCGUAGCCGGGUCCCGGUCUGUAUGCUCGACAGUGGGCUUCAGUCACAGGGGAGCUCUGCUGCGAUGUCCCCAGCUGUCGGUUAGCGGUCGGAGCGAGCGUUUCUACAGCCUGCCGCCGCACCAAAAGGUGGAGCUGCCAGCGCUGUCGCCUACCAUGCAGACUGGAACCAUUGCUCGUUGGGAAAAGAAAGAGGGUGACAAAAUCAGCGAGGGCGACCUUAUAGCAGAGGUGGAGACUGAUAAAGCCACAGUGGGAUUUGAGAUGCUGGAAGAGUGCUAUCUUGCUAAAAUACUUGUUCCUGAAGGGACCAGAGAUGUAAACAUUGGAUCAGUCAUUUGCAUCACUGUUGACAGUCCAGACCUCAUCCCAGCCUUUAAGGACGUCACCUUGGACUCGCUUACUUCCGCCCCUUCAGCAGCCACCUCCACUCCACCUCCUCCUCCAGUUGCAGCUCCACCCGCAGCCCCAGGCAGCUCCUACCCAACGCACUUGAAGAUCACACUUCCUGCUCUGUCGCCCACAAUGACCAUGGGUACAGUGCAGCGCUGGGAGAAGAAGGUGGGCGAAAAGCUCAGCGAGGGAGAUCUGCUGGCCGAAAUCGAGACGGACAAGGCGACUAUUGGCUUUGAGGUGCAGGAGGAGGGAUAUCUGGCCAAAAUAAUGGUGCCCGAGGGCACUCGAGACGUUCCCUUAGGGACGCCGCUGUGUAUCAUCGUAGAGAACGAGAGCGACAUUGCGGCAUUCAAAGACUAUGUCGAAACGGGCGUCGCGGAAAUUUCAACACCUCCUCCUGCUCCGGCACCAACACCAGCACCCGUCGCCGCAGCACCCCCUCCGGCGCCCGCCGCAGCACCCUCCAUUCCUUCAGCGGCCGCGACGCCGAGGAAGGGACGCGUGUUCGCCAGCCCGCUAGCGAAGAAGCUAGCGGCAGAGAAAGGCUUUGACUUGGCGCAGAUCACCGGUUCGGGUCCCGAUGGACGGAUUACCAGGAAAGACAUUGAGAGUUUUGUUCCCGCGAAGGCUCCACCAGCUGCCCCCGCUCCGACCCCGGCGCCGGCUGUUCCGGUGCCCGCCGCCGGUGUUGCCGCGCCAGCCGGGACUUUCACAGACAUCCCUAUCAGCAAUAUCCGCAAGGUCAUCGCUCAGAGGUUGAUGCAGUCAAAGCAAACCAUCCCUCACUAUUACCUCUCUGUAGAUGUCAACAUGGACCAAGUAUUGGAGCUUAGAAAAGAACUUAAUGAGGAAGUGAAAGCCAGGAGUAUCAAGCUGAGUGUCAAUGACUUCAUCAUCAAAGCAAGUGCGCUGGCAUGUCUCAAGGUGCCCGAGUGCAACUCCUCCUGGAUGGAUACAGUCAUUCGCCAGAACCACGUGGUGGACGUAAGCGUGGCGGUGAGCACGGCCAACGGCCUCAUCACCCCCAUCGUGUUCAACGCGCACAUCAAAGGGCUCGCCGCCAUCAGCGGCGACGUGUCAGAGCUCGCCGCCAAAGCGCGGGACGGCAAACUGCAGCCGCAUGAGUUUCAGGGAGGCACGUUCACCAUCUCAAAUUUGGGGAUGUUUGGCAUCAAAAACUUCUCGGCCAUCAUCAACCCUCCGCAGUCGUGCAUCCUCGCCGUGGGAGGGUCGGAAAAGCGCCUCGUACCGGCUGACAAUGAAAAAGGUUUCGACGUGGCUAGCGUGAUGUCUGUAACGCUGAGCUGUGACCACCGGGUGGUGGACGGCGCGGUGGGCGCACAGUGGCUCGCCGAAUUCCGCAAGUUUCUGGAGAAGCCCGUCACCAUGCUCUUGUGA